AUGGAGAGACUGUCAAAAACAUCCGCUGCUGAUGCUACGCAGGAGAAGGGGCUCCAUCCUCUACCAAGUGGAGUUGUAUCUGACAGCCUGUCACUGCCAUCUUAUAAGGAAUAUCCUGCACACCGCCCUCUCAUCAACACACCUGUGCAUCACACAACCCAAACCCGCACACAUUACUCAAGUCGUCCAUCAUCACCCAGUAAGGCCUUUCCAGAGACCAGCAGUGCAGCAAUCCUAUCAGCUUUGAAGAACCUACAGGAGAAGAUCAGGAGAUUGGAGUUGGAGAAAGGAUGUGAGGAGCUCAGUCUGCGCAGUAAGGGGAAAGAUGCGACACACAAACAUUUGCAGAGUGAUAAAAUGAGACUCAUAAAUACUCAAACGGACACAAGGAGAGAGACAAGUGACGGGACCAACUGCAACCAAGUGUUGAUCACCCAUCUUGCGGAUGCAGAGUCUCGCUGUGUGAAGCUGGAGCGACAAUUGGAUCACAUGAGGAGGAUGUUGCGCAAUGCUAAAGCAGAUAGGACGAGUCUGCUCAAACAGCAGUAAAUUUGGAUUAAUUGUUCCUCAUACUGUCAGGUCUCCAUGGAGACAGUCAGAUCAGCUGACCAACAACCUGGCACAGUGUCUGAGCAUGCCCAUUUGGAGAAGCUGGAGCGACUGGAGCAGGAGUAUCUCAGGCUGACACGCACACAGAAUCAAGCUGAGAUGAAGAUUCAGGAGCUGGAGAUGAAACUACAGGAGGAGGAGCAUCAGAGGAAGCUGGUCCAGGAUAAGGCUAACCAGUUACAGACAGGUUUGGAGGCCAACCGGAUCCUGCUGCAAUCAGUGUCACCGUGCCUGUCCAGCACACAGUCCAAAGACAAGAAGUGUAAUUCAAAGAAGUCUUCACCACAGCAGUCAUCCUACACAGAGCCACACUACAGAUUGAGCCUCCGAGAUGUACCUUUUGUUACUGGAACGUCAGUAGGCUGCAGCCACUCGGUGAGGGCAAACGUCCAGUCAGUUCUGUCUCUCCUAAAGCGACACCAGCCGCACCUCUGCAACAAGCAUGUCCUCUCUAACAACCCAGACAGCUCUGGGACGGGCAGCUGCAGAUAUUCAGACAGCUCCUCUUCCUCCUCCUCCACCAGUGGGGAGGAGCUUUCAGAGCUUCUGCAGGCACUACAGGAGGAGCUGCGACUUAUGAGCUUAGAGCAGGAUGAGCUGGUGAGGCAGCUGGAGUACAGUGUGUCUGAAGAGGAAAGAAAAGAAGUUCAGAGAGAGCAAGAGAAGCUGCUUCUGAAAAUGGAAAGGAAAGGAGAGCAGAUCAGUAAACUCUACAAACACAAAACACAGAUAAAGAAGUUAAGGAAGGAAGUGAUGACGAGGCGGAGCAGCAGGAAUGAGGUGAGAGUGACUACAACAGUGUCCACUAGAGGUCGCUCUGCUGGAGCACUCAAACUUAAACCAGGAGAGAGAAGCAGGAGGAAUCUGAGGUUGCUGAGGGACAUGAAAGCUCUGCAGACCUCAUUACGGACCUGAAACUCACACAGCAAGUAACAUUAAUCUUUUUGGUGCUCACUCACUACUUAUGGCCAUCAUUUCAAAAGCAGCACGGUCACUGACUGAUAAACACUGCAGGAAGUUGGCAGACCACUGUGACUUUUGACACCAUCAGUUCCCUCUUUUUUUUACUUUUUUUUUUACUUUAUUAGGAAGACUCUAACACAUCUAAAAACAUUUUUUACUUAAACUGAUUUGCUCUCUACCUGUCACCUAAGUGCAUGUUAUCAAAACAAAGUAAAUUAUGUGAUAUCUUUGCCCUCUGUCACCUUCAUGCCCGAUGAAU